AUUUGGCCAAUUGCAGCAGCUAAUGCGGAAAUCCUCCUUUUGCCGCUAAAACCAAAUUCGCUCCAGUAUCUGCAGUUCCAAGCUGCCUGGAUGUUUUGAUUUAAAUAACAAAAAGAAUUUCAGAAUCAGCGUGGCUGAAAUCACCAGCUGACAAUGGGAAUCUCUGGCCUGCUGCAGUUCAUCAAAGAUGCUGGAGAGCCCAUCAGCGUGAAAAAAUACAAAGGCCAGACCGUGGCUGUGGACACGUACUGCUGGCUGCACAAAGGAGCAUUCUCAUGUGCUGAGAAGCUCGCUAAAGGAGAACCAACGGACCAGUAUGUGUGGUACUGCAUGAAAUUUGUGGACAUGCUGUUGAACUUCGGAGUCAAACCAGUUCUGGUGUUCGAUGGACGCAAUCUGCCGUCAAAGCGAGAGGUGGAAAAGGCGCGCAGAGAGCGCAGAGAAAGCAACCUUCAGAAAGGCCGGCAGCUGCUACGUGAAGGCAAGCUGUCCGAGGCCAGAGACUGCUUCACUCGCUGUGUGAACAUCACCCCAGCGAUGGCUCAUAACCUCAUCAAGACUGCGAGGGCGAGAGGAGUGGACUGUGUGGUGGCUCCGUAUGAAGCUGACGCUCAGUUAGCGUACCUCACCAAGUGUGGUUUGGCCCAGGCUGUCAUCACAGAGGACUCUGACCUGCUGGCUUUCGGCUGCAAGAAGGUGAUCCUCAAAAUGGACAAGCAGGGCAACGGCCUGGAGAUAGACCAGGACAACAUGGGCCGCUGUCGCUCUCUGGGGAACGUGUUCACCGAGGAGAAGUUUCGCCAUAUGUGCAUCCUCUCUGGGUGCGACUAUCUGGCCUCCUUACAUGGCAUCGGCCUGGGCAAGGCCUGCAAGCUGCUCCGGCUGGCCAAAGACCCAGAUAUCCUCAAGGUGAUCAGAAAGUUGGGUCAGUACCUGAAGAUGAACAUCAUCGUCUCUGAAGAAUACAUCGAGGGAUUCAUCAGAGCCAACAACACAUUCCUCUACCAGCUGGUGUUUGAUCCUGUCAGGAGGAAGGUGGUUCCUCUCAACCCGUACCCAGAGCAAAUGGACCCGGCCACCCUCAGCUACGCUGGACUUAAUCUAGGAGAUGACAAAGGCUUGCAGAUGGCCCUGGGAAAUCUUGACCUCAACAGCUUGGAGAGGAUAGAUGACUUCAGCCCAGACAAACCCAUUCAGCAGCUAUCUAAACCCCGAAGUCGCACCUGGAACAGCUCAGCAGUCCCCGCUGGGCCCAGUAUCUGGAGUAGAGGCAUAAAGGCAGCAUGUGUUGCCCCGCCCCGGCCUGCUGCCUCCCCAGACAGGCCGUCCUCCACCAGGGGGAAGGAAAGAGUCGUCAGCCUGGUUGGUCUGAGGCUUCCCUGCAGAGAGCUGCAGGUGAAGAGACCGAGAGAAGACUCUAGUGUAUCAGACCAGGAUGUGCUGCAGCAGUACUCAUCCCCCACUCAGAAGAGAUCCAGGUCAGACCAGCUUUCAGAGAAGUCGGCAAUAACCAGUCAGCCCAAGCCUCGCAACCGCUUCGCCACCCUGCUGCAGAGGAGGAACCAGGAGCAUGAGGAGGACGGCCAGGCCCAUUGCAGCAGAUUCUUCAGCAGUUGCAGCUCAUCAGCCAGUGUGAGCGUGAAGGAGUGUGCUCUGGAGGAUCUGCCUCCGGAUGUGGAGCCCACAGCUGUGAAUCAGGACAAUUCUCCCAACAGCCAGACCAAUGACAGUGACGGUCCUGACAUUCCGUCCAUAGACACCCCCAGCCCACCUCCAUUGCCUAGCAUGACAUCUCCCAGUUCAGCCAGUCAGGGACUCAAGCUGUUCCGCUGGUCCGGCAGCUCAUGCUCUGCCGAUCAGAGAACCCCUCCGUCCUCUGCAGGCCUGGCCGCCCUGCAGCAGUUUCACUACAAGAAGGAGAGCUCUUCUUCGUCCACAAAGACACACAGGUCCUCUGUAGACACGUCACUCCUUCUUCCCUCUCCCACUGACAGAGACCCAGAGGAAAAGGAUGACCUCCUGGAUUCACCCCCCUCUCAAGACAGCGCUUACUUUUCCCAGUCCCAGCCUCACCUCACUUCCUGCCACAAAGAGGAAGUCAUCUACAGCAUCUCCCCCUCCUACCAGGAGGAAGCUGCAUCUGAAAUCAACUUGAGUAAAGAUUCUGAGCCAGAGCAGAGUCCCGCCCACUCAGAAGCACAUAAGAGACCAGACAUGCUGAGGCCAAAGGUUUCAGGUCUAUUGCGGCUGAAGCCUAUCAGCCAAAGUCCAGCUGCAACGGUUCGGACUUUGGGUCCUGCCAGGGCCAGCGGACUGAGGAGAAAGCCUGUGGGUUCUGGGAAAAAACCCUCCAAUAACGAGAACAACCCGGGUGUCCAGGCCACCAUCAGCAACCUUUGGAAGAACUUCAGCUUCAAAAAAGAUACCCAGAAGAUGACUGCCUGUAAGAAAGGAGAGCCCAUUUCUCCCGUCAAACACAACCUCAGCUGGACAUGACCUCUAUGCCCAGCUUCUAAAGGGAGCUUUGAGUGUUUCCCUCAGAGCUGUGUGUGGGAGAGAAGCUUUUAAUCAUCAUACCGUGUAUGUCAAGAAGUUUUACCUCAACCCGUGUGUAUAGUUUUAAAUAAAGCAACUGUAUUCUGAA